AUGGAUUCUCAACUAUCUUCUUCCUUAACAACAGAAGCAACUCUAGGAAGAUCAGAAUCUCCGUCACAAGUAUUAACGACAGCAUCAACAACCUUCGGGAAAUCUAUAGAUUUUUCGGGAUUUUUAACAAAAGAAUUUAACGUUAAAUCAUGGAUUAAUGAAGCUUUGUCUGUUGCUACCUCCUCUAGCUCUAAUUCUAUGGUAAAACAUAGAGAAUCAGAAUUAUUAGAAUUAGAAAAUCAUACUUCAACUCUUGUAGAAAAACUUCAAUUUUUAAAUCAAGAAAUUUCGAAUAGAUUAGAAAGAACUGUUGAAGAUAUCACUAAAUCUAUGCCAAGAAUUAUUACAGAUUUACAAGUUAUGCAAGAUGAUGCUACAAAAUUAAAAUCUGGAGUAAUUUUAGUGAAAUCACAAUUGAAUAAUGUAGAGGAAGAUACAGGAAAAGCUUUAGAUAGACUGAAGUAUUUGGAUCUAGUUAAGACAAGAAUGGAAGCUUCUAGAAAUGUUUUGAAAGAGGCUGAAAAUUGGAGUAAUUUAGAACAGGAAGCAAGUAAUAUAUUUGCUUCACAAGAUUAUCAAAAAGCUAGUGUUAGAUUAAUGGAAGCUGAAAAAAGUCUGGUCAUUUUUCAAAAUACACCAGAAUAUGAGGAAAGAAGAAAAUUAUUAACGGAAUUACAAAAUCAAUUAGAGGCAACGAUUAGCCCGCAAUUAGUUAAUGCGUUAAGUCAACAUGAUAUUGGUGCAUGCCAAAAAUUUUAUCAAAUAUUUAGUCAAAUAGGAAGAAAAAAAGACUUUUGUAACUAUUAUUAUGGAUCAAGAAAGGCUCCGCUUGUGAAAAUGUGGCAAUAUGCUUUAUUAACUGAUAUCCCUCCUUCAGUACCUGGAAAUGCAGAAAAUAUUAUUGGAACCGGUGGAUCAGGUUCGUUUAAUAACGAACAAACAUCGCCAACGUCGCCAAAAUCUCCAACUCCAAAACACUUUCAACAAAAAUUCCAACUACAAGUUCCAAAGAAAUUUGUAGAAUUCUUGCAAGAAUUUUAUGAUGAAUUAUUUAUUAUACUCAAUCAAGAACAUACUUGGUGCGGUAAUGUAUUUCCUGAUACAAAUGAAACUUUAAUGUCUUUAAUUGAAAACAUUUUUAAUUCUUUAAAGCCUCCUUUGAGUGCAAGGUUAGCAGGUUUGGUUGAAUCCUAUAAUGAAGAUUGCCUUCCGGAAAUUGUUGAUACUUGGGUUGUUAGCGAAAAUUUUGGAAGGAAAAUGGAAAAGGUUUUGUUUAAUCCUAUACAAAUUAGUUCUGGGAUGAGUUUAAAUGCGAGUGGAAGUGUUGGCGGAAAAAAAAAUAAUGUGAGUUCGUUGGCAGAUGCAUCUAUUAAUGGGAAAUCUUUAUCCAGAGUGAAUUUAAUUACCUGGGGAAAUGUAGUGUUUGAACCAUUUUCGGAGUAUCAACAUGAUUAUUCAGAAUACGAAAAAAAUUAUUUAAUCAUGUUACUUAAAAACACCAUCACAGAGAAAAGAAAAACUGAAUCAUUAGAUUUAGCAAAAGUCAUGUCUGAGACUAUUGGGGAGAUAUUUAUGAUGGCCGAAUCUGGAUUAAAUAGGUGUAUGACACUUACAUAUGGAUUUGGUGGGAUUGGAUUAAUUGAAGUAUUGAAUUUUUUUUUUACCUCUUUUAUCAAGGAGUAUCAGAUACUUCUUGAUCAGCUUAGAUUGGACAGUGGCUUGGAUGGAAGUUUUGGUGGAAAAGAUGUUUUAUCGGGAACAUCGGCCGUGAAUAAGGGCGGAGAUAAUUCAAAUAAUGAUUUUUUUGAUUUUGAUCAAGAUAAAUUACAGCAAGAAGAUUGGUCGAAUUUUCAUAUUGGAUUAAAAUUAUUAGCAACUUGUAGAACAACCUCGGAAAAAUUAAGCGAAUUCGAAGAAAAAGUAAAGAAUAAUUUAGCAACAGUUAAAGAUUUAAUAAUACACGAUUCUCUUAAUGAAGAUUUGGAAUGGUAUGAGAGGAGAUCAUCUGUAGCAUCUUCAUUAGAGGGCCAGAGUAAAAGAUCUACUUUCACGGGAUCACAGUCAUCACUGCUGCUUCUUCGUCAAUCUCCUUUAAAUUCUUAUAAUUUGAAUGAAUUUCUAACUAAUAUCGAAACCAAGCAUAUUUUAUCGCCUUCUCAAGACACCUUACAAAUUUACCAAAUAUGGAAAUUUGGAAUAGCUUUACAACCUAGUGAAUACAUUACAAGGAUUGGGGAACAUUUGUUGACUUUACCACAACAAUUUGAAGUUUAUGCUGAUGAUAAAAGCUUGGAAUUUUCAAUUAAUUCAUUGCCUUAUAGCGAUGAAAAACCUAUUCAGGAGAAAGAUAUAUAUGAUUUAAUAGAAGAUAAAAAGAAGGGUUCAAUUGUUAAAGAAAAAGGAAAUCCUGAGGAAAUAGAAACAUCAAUUACGAUAGUAGGUGAAUCUAGCACUGUAAAAGAAGAAGUCUUUAUGACACAAUCGGAAGAUGAAGAAAUUUCUACAGAAGAAAUUACGCAUGCAUGGAUAAUUUCUUUGGCACGUGGAACAAUGCAUGCAAUAUGUGAGAAAGUUCUCAUGAUACCACAACUAUCAACACAUGGCACACAACAAUUAUUAACUGAUUUAGGCUAUUUAACUAAUGUUUUAUCUACUCUUGAUAUUCCUCCUAUUAGGGAACUACAUAAAAUUGUUAAAGUAUUGGAAAUGGAUGAAGAUCAAAUUUAUAAAAUGUUGAGAUAUAAAGGAAUAAGUUUACAAGAAGAUAAUGCAAAUAAUAUUAAUAAAGAAUUUAUUGAUACAAAUGAUAGAGAAAUUUUGACUAAAAUAGCUAGUAUAAAAGGGAUAGAAAUGUUAAAUUUAUAA